CAAUCAUUGAGGAUGUUCGUCAAAGUCACACAGUACGCCGGUUUUGCUAGUAUUUUCCCCUUAGGGUUUAUCGUCUUAUUACGCAGUCCUUUACAUUUAGCCUAUUGACAAAUACUUUGUUUUUAUUAAACAGUAGGACGACGAUCGGUUGUGGAUACGUUUUCCAGUUUUAAACGUUUGGUGGGACUGGAAUGUACAGUGUGGCUAGCAGUCCUGUGCUGCUUGUGACAACAUGUGCGAAAAUCUGGGCGGUGGCAAUGUCAUCAGUUAACUGUGUCGUAUUGUAAAUCGUUUUUUAAUAUUGCUGUUAUAUAGUCUGAAGAGGAGUUAAGGCUUUUAUCGAGCUUUUAUUAGAAGAACAGCAGCACCCAUCUGCUUGUGUGUUUAGCUUUUCACAGUCAUCAUGUUAGGACACGUAGCAAGAAGAUUUGGCCAUCAGAUGUCCAAUGGAUCGAAAGGAAUCAAUCUUCCCCAGCUGCUUUCUAAAGAGACCCACAGGCACCUCCAGUCCCCAUUCCAGACCAUCUGUCCCGUUUCGAUGAUGUCGCUGUGGCCCUUCUCAGCAAAACCGCAGGACUUCAGUCAGCCAAACUCUUCGUGGAGUCCAGAGAUGCUGAGACUUUACGAGCAUUAUAAUGCAUUGUGUGAGGCAGAGAACGAAAAAGGAGAAGAAAAGAGAGAGACUUGGCGGAAGCUGCCCAGCUACAAUCGCACCAUUAAAUAUGCCACAGGGGGCGUACAUCUCAGCAAACUGGUCCAGGCCAAAGCUCGACUUUUCACGAGAUGUAUUGAAGAGGAGGGUGCAGCAUUUGAAUAUGUGGCUUUUCUCAAUAAGGUGGAGAAGACCUGUGUUUGUGUGUUUCAGGCGGGACAUCUACUAGAAGGGGCACCUGGUCAUUUACAUGGAGGUGCUAUAGCCACCAUGAUUGACACGGUGACAGGUACUCUUGCCGGCUACCUGUCAGGACCUGUUAUGACGGCUUAUCUUAACACGAACUACCGCAGUCCAGUUCCUCUGGGCAGUGUGUUAUUAAUCCACAGUGUUCUGGAUCGAAUAGAGGGCAAAAAAAUCUUUGUCAAUUGCAAAGUAACCAGCAGUGAUGAGUCUAAACUCCACACUGAAGCCACAGCUCUUUUUGUGUCAAUAAAUAUGGGUCCUUUAUUUGGAACACAAAGCUAAGAGCAGCCAAGAUUUCACCACCAGGCUGUGCAUAUCUGUAUUUACGUGUGCAGUGACCAACUGAUCUAGCUGAUAGUUUACCUCUGUGAGUGAGGUCUCCAGAAAUGCACACAUGUAAGAAAUAAACAGGGCACCCACUUACUGUAUGUCUACACUAUAACUGGCUGCCUCGUUUUAUUACUAUUUUAAACAUUAUUUUAAUCCUGUUCAUUUAUUCAUUUUAAUGUGAUUAGUAUUUACUUAUUUUUAUAUAUAAACUGCUUUAAUCUUCAUGGUGUGAUGAACAACCGUUUCUGUAGUAUUUAAUUUUGCCAAUUUAAUACCUCAGUUAUAUAAUGCAUAUUGCGUUUAAGAGGAUGUUACAUAUCUUGUUGUGAAUUAAAGGGUUGCUGUUAAAUUAUGAUAUAAAGUGUUAUGAUAUGGAUAUGAUUGAGUAAUAAUGUAUUUACAACUGCCUGCAUUCUUAUUCAUAAAAGCUACUAAG